CGCGCGGGGCGGCCGAAGGUUGGUGGUUGGUGGGAAGCCGCGAGCGACGAGCCGGGAGACGCUCGUACGCGUGUCGGAGGGCGUGCGCGCUCCGCGACCGGAAUCGGCCUGGAGCGGUUCUAAGAUGAGAUGGGCUUCUCCAACAUGGAAGACGAUGGCCCGGAGGAAGAGGAGCACGUGGCCGAGCCGUGGCCCAAUUUCAACACGCCUCAAGCCCUACGGUUUGAGGAACCUCUGGCCAACAAGUUGAACAAACAAUAUCGAACAGUGAAGGAGCUCCUUGAACAGCUGAAGAUGAAGAAAUCCUCAGCUAAGCAGCCACAGGAGGUAGAGAGGGCUAAGCCUCGCCCCGAGAAGGUUCCUCAGACUCUGAUUCUAGAUGCAGCCCAGAGGAAGAGACUGCAGCAUCAGAUGCAGCAGCAUGUUCAGCUCUUGACGCAAAUCCACCUUCUUGCCGCCUCCAACGUCAGUCUCAGCUCGGAAGCUAAUACCACCAAGAUAUUUCUUAAAGAGCUGGGAGUCUUUGCCCAGAGUUCCAUCGCCCUUCACCAGCCGCUGAACCCCACGUUUCACACGUUGUUCCAACCGUGUAACUUGAUGGGAGCUAUGCAGCUCAUUGAUGACUUCAGCACAUAUGUCAGCAUCGACUGCAGUCCUCGCAAAACUGUCAAGAAGCCUGCCUCUGAAUUUCCCUGUUUGCCUAAGCAAGUGGCUUGGAUCCUGGCCACCAGCAAGGUUUUCAUGUAUCCGGAGCUCCUGCCAGUGUGUUCCCUGAAGGCAAAGAAUCCCACGCAUAAGGUGACCUUCACCAAGGCCGAGGACAAUCUGCUAGCUUUAGGACUCAAGCAUUUCGAGGGGACUGAGUUUCCUAAGCCGCUGAUCAGCAAGUACCUCCUGCCCUGCAAGAGUGCCCACCAGCUGACCGUGAGGAUCAAGAAUCUCAGCAUGAACCGAGCCCCUGACAACAUCAUUAAAUUUUAUAAGAAGACAAAGCAGCUGCCUGUGUUACUGAAAUGCUGUGAAGAGAUCCAGCCCCAUCAGUGGAAACCACCUGUAGAGCGUGAAGAACACCGCCUCCCCUUCUGGCUAAAGGCCAGUCUGCCUUCUAUCCAGGAGGAACUGCGCCACAUGGCUGGUGGUGCGAGAGAGGAAGCACAUGUGACCGGAACCCCUGAGAUCAGUGCAGAGCAAGGAGUGGACAAAGGUGGAGCAGAGAUGGGCAGAGAAACCCAAUACCCAUUGCUGUUGCCCAAAGGUGUAGUUCUGAACCUGAAGCCAGUUGCCAACAAGUUUUCCAGGAAGGCUUGGAGACAGAAGCGAUCGUCAGUGCUGCAGCCCCUCUUGAUCCAGCCUAACCCAUCUCUUCAGCCCAGCUUGAACCUCGGGAAAACUCCAGCUCGGUCAACUCAGUCAGAAGCUCCUCCCAGCAAAAUGUUCAGGAUUCCUCAGCUGAUCCAGCCAGCCAUUGGCACUCCUUCAGUUCCAAUUGUCCCUCCGCUGGGUGUUGGUGUGGCUGAUCCAUUUGAAUCCCCAGUAUCAUUAACUACUGUGUCCCCUGCAGUCAGGCCCGGCUUCCCCUUAUCUGAUUCCCAGACCCUGAUCUCACCAGCCCCUGCACCCAAGGCAGCAGUUCCUAUUGUUGACCCAAGUAUUUUUCGAAAGCCAUGUGCUAGAUGGAACCCCUCAAGGAGAAAGGGGUCCAAGGCUUCCCCCUGCCUGAAGACCGCCCCCCUCAUCCCGUCUGCACCUGUCAUCUUCACUGUUCCUGCCACCACUGUGAAGGUUGUGAGCCUCGGCAGUGGCUGCAACGUGAUCCAGCCUGUCAAUGCUGCUGUGGCCCAGAGCCCUCAGACCAUUCCCAUCACCACCCUCUUGGUGAACCCCACGCCUUUCCCUUGUCCGCUGAACCAGCCCCUUGUGGCUUCCUCCAUCCCGCCGUUAAUAGUUUCUGGCAACUCUGUGAAUCUUCCUGUACCCUCCGCCCCUGAGGUUGAGACCCCAGGGAGUGUGGACAUUGCCUGUCCCUUGGUUGAAGGGCAGAGUGCCUUUCAAAGCCCAGUGCCCAAGCUGGAGCAGCAGGACCAAUCUCCUGUGUGUGCCUCUGUCUUCCCAAAAGAGGAGCACAGUCCAGGCCCUCCAGCAGCAAAUAGAAAAAGCCAGGAAGGUUUGUCAGAGAACUGUGCCUAUUGGACUAUUGUGAAAACAGAGGAGGGGACGCAAAUGCUGGAGCCUCCUCCUUCUCGCAUCCAGGGACAUCUGAGCUGUGGCCCUGGAGCUCUAGAGGAAAUGGUCAAGUUGGAACCUGAGGAUGCUGGGGAGGAAGUCUCCCAUAGAGCUCCUGCACAGGACAUUAGUGAUGGAAUCAAAGAAGAACGCUGCGUGGAAAUGGACACUGGCUCUGCAAGUGAGGAGUUGAGUAGUGGUAGGGCUGUGACCAGGCCCAGUGCCUUAUGGUCUGAGGAGCCUACCAGCUAAAAGUGCAUCAGGCUGUUUACCAUUUGACAUGGGAACUCAGGA